AUGUUUUCAGGCAAGCUUGAUAGAAAGAUUUGCGACAAGAAACUCAGCCUUAAUGUCCAAGGAAAUUCGGGAGCUGCGACGAAUGGGGGUCGUGGAACCUUCCACAGCAAGAGCGGGUUUUCUGUCGCGAAUGUUUCUCAUUCCCAAACAAAACGGGAAGAUUAUCUAGCGAAACUAGACCUGUCCCAGGCGUACUUUCACGUCCCGAUAAAAGAAAGCCACAGAAGAUACCUUUGCUUCUCGUACGCAGGGGAGCUGUUCCAGUUGACAAGUCUUCCGUUCGGUUUAUCGAGCGCGCCUCUGGCCUUCUCUCGCCUCACGAAUUGGGUUGCAAGCGUCUUAAGAUCAAAAGGCAUUCGAGUAGUAGUAUACCUGGACGAUUUUUUGUUCGCUCACCAGGAUCCUCUAGUGCUCGAGGAUCAGGUUCAUUCAGCGGUGAGAUUUCUGCAAAGUCUAGGAUGGGCUGUGAAUCUAGAAAAGUCCAUAACAAAGCCAACCAAUCGCAUAGAAUUUCUAGGUGUCAUGUGGGAUACGAUAGUCAACCAGAAAGUUUUGCCAGAGGCAAAGAUAGUACAACUAAUGUCCGAUCUCCAGAGAAUUUUAAAAAAUCCUUGUUGGAAUUGGAAAUCAGCAACUUCGUUGAUAGGGAAGCUGGGAUUCGCUUCUUCGGUAACUCCUUUGGGGCGACUUUAUACUCGAAACCUUCAAAGGGCAGCCAAGGUUCUAAAAGAAGAGACUCCCUUCAAGAAGCUGGUCAUGCCAGCUCCAGCCAGGGCCGAUUGUCAGUGGUGGAUUCAAAAUGUUCGAAAACCGGGAAAGAUAUUCAUGCCCGAUCCUACUGUUUUUGUCACGACGGACGCGUCGGAUGCCGGCUGGGGUGUUCAGCUGGGUCAACAACAUCGGGCGGGAAUUUGGACAAGGGACCAAGAGAAAUGGCAUAUAAACAGAAAAGAGUUAUUCACGGUAUUUAUGGCCCUGUCCAAAUUUCAAACAGAUGUACAAGGCCAGUCACUGAUGCUUCAGUCGGACAACAAGACUGUUGUGGCAUACCUGCGGAACCAGGGGGGUACACGGUCAGCGAUCCUUCUGGAAGUGACUCGGGAGUUACUGCUGCUAGCAGAUCGCCUGGAUGUCACCAUUCAAGCCUUUUUUAUACCAGGCAGGUACAACACAGUAGCAGACCGUCUAUCCAGGUUCAUGGCUCUCCCAGACUGGCAUCUGAGCGAAUCUAUAACAAGUCUGAUUUUCAGAAAGUGGGGAGUGCCUCAAAUCGACCUCUUCGCUACUCACCAGUCCAGAGUUGUUCCUUGUUAUGUGACGAUAGAUGCGCGGGACUCGGAGGCGAAAUUCAUAAAUGCGUUCAGUCAGGAGUGGCACUUCAACCUGGCUUGGGUCUUUCCACCUCCUCCUUUGAUUCCCAAGGUUCUCCAACAUCUCAACAGGGCGUCAGGAGUUUUUCUGCUGGUGGUGCCAAGAUGGGAGAAAGCGUUUUGGAGGGGACCUCUGAAACACAGAGCCUUAGAAGCCCCCUUCGAGAUUCGAGAUCUAAAUCGGCACUUGAUCGACCUGUCAUCCAAUCGCUGUCCAGAGAAAGUAGAGGAACUUCAUUUAGAGGUUUGGAAGAUACGGGUCCGCUUGGCGGAACUCAACAUGGAGGACUUAUGGUUCAGCCUGGAAACAGUGGGUCUCGUGGGGAAGGAAGAAUGGGGUAAAUCCUAG